GGGAGAAGGAGGAGGCCAAUUCCUGGAUCCAGACCAGAGAACUUCUACAAGGACGUUGAGAUGGAAGAUGAUGGGGAGGUGGACACUCUGGCAGGUUAUGAGCAAGACAGGCUGGAUGAUUUGGAGGCAGCUCUGCCAUCAUCGGAACUGAGCAAACAUAAAGCAGGAAAACAGACUUUGGAAGGUCAAAAGAGAGGGAAAAGUAACAAAAGAGACCAAACGAAGAACAGAAGGAAGAAAUCUUUUUCUUCUGAGGAGUCUAUCGCCUGUGAACUCCUGAACGUCCAGGAACUUCUUGGAGACGAAGGAGUGGAAAAGUGUCAUAUCUCUGGGGAAAGUUUCAAAGAUAAAUGUAAGGUGAAGGUACAUUACAAAAGCCACACAAGGGACAAACCACAUGAGUGCAUGGAAUGCGGAAAGGGCUUCACUCGGCAUGCCUUACUACAGUCGCAUCAAAGGACUCACGCAGCAGAGAAACCCUAUAAAUGCACUGAAGGUGGAAAAAAUGUCACUGACAGUGGACACUCUGAUUUACAUCAAAGAGCUCUCAUAGGACAAAAAACAUAUUCAUGUACUGAAUGUGGAAAGGGUUUCAGCACCAGUGGAAGUCUAAAAUCACAUCAAAGGACCCACACAGGGGAGAAACCAUAUCAGUGCCUGGAAUGUGGAAAGGGUUUCAGCACCAGUGGAAGUCUGAAAUCACAUCAAAGGACCCACACGGGGGAGAAACCAUAUCAAUGCAUGGAAUGUGGAAAGAGCUUCACGCAGAAGGCAGUUCUAAAUUCACACCAAAGAAUCCACACAGGGGAGAAACCAUAUCAAUGCCUGGAGUGUGAAAAGAGCUUCACUUACAGAACAAGUCUAAUUCUGCAUCAAAGGACCCACACGAGAGAAAAGCCGUAUGUGUGCACGGAAUGUGGAAAGAGCUUCAGUCAGAAAUCAGGUCUAAAUUCACAUCAAAGAACCCACACGAGAGAAAAGCCACACGCGUGCACGGAAUGUGGAAAGAGCUUCAAUCGGAGAGAACAAUUGCAACUGCAUCAGAGAAUCCACACAGGGGAGAAGCCACAUGUAUGCAUUGAAUGUGGGAAAACCUUCAGACAGAGAGGACACCUACAGUUACAUCAAAGAAUCCACACCGGAGAAAAGCCAUACGCAUGCAGGGAAUGUGGAAAAUGUUUCAGUGACAAUGGACGCCGUCGUCUGCACGAAAGAACCCACACAGGAGAGAAGCCAUACACAUGUAUGGAAUGUGGAAGGAACUUCAUUAAUAGUGGACAUUUAGAUUUACAUCAAAGAACCCACACGGGAGAGAAACCGUAUGCGUGCGUUGAAUGUGGAAAGGGCUUCACUACCAGUGCAAGUCUAAAAUCACACCAAAGAAUCCACACGGGGGAGAAACCAUAUCAAUGCCAGGAAUGCGGAAAGGGCUUCAGUCACAAGGGAGGCCUAAAUUCACAUCAAAGAACCCACACGAGAGAAAACGCAUACACAUGUGUGGAUUGUGGAAAGACCUUUAAUCACAAGUCAAGUCUAUAUUCGCAUCUGAGAACCCACACAAAAGAAAAGCCGUACACGUGCAUGGAAUGUGGAAAGAGUUUCAGUCGUGGUGAUAAUCUGCAAAUACAUCAUAGAAUCCACACGGGAGAGAAACCAUACAAAUGCACGGAAUGUGGGAAGACCUUCAGACAGAAGGUCCAGCUACAGAUCCAUCAAAGAAUCCACACCGGAGAAAAGCCGUACGCAUGCAGGGAAUGUGGGAAAAGCUUCCGGCAGAGUGGGUAUCUUCGUUUACAUGAAAGAAUCCACACAGGAGAGAAACCAUAUACAUGCCUGGAGUGUGGAAAAAAUUUCAGUAACAGUGGGCAUUGUCGUUUACAUGAACGGACACACACGGGAGAGAAACCAUACAAGUGCACGGAGUGUGGGAAGAGCUUCGGUCUGAGUCGAACUCUCAAGUCACAUCAGAGAACUCACACAAAGGAGAAACCAUAUCAAUGUAUGCAAUGUGGGAAGAGCUUCGGUAGCAACGCAAAUCUGUAUUCACAUAAAAGGACCCACACGGGGAAAAAACCUCAUAAGUGCAUGGAGUGUGGAAAGAGCUUCUCUUUUAGCGUGAAUUUACGUGUACAUCAAAGAACGCACACAGGGGAAAAACCAUACAAAUGUAUGGAAUGUGGAAAGUCCUUCCAUCGCUGUGGAGUGCUGCAAGCACAUCAAAGAAUUCACACAGGAGAAAAACCAUACGUGUGCACGGAAUGUGGAAAGGGCUUCAGUCGGAAUGAACAGCUGCGAUUACACCAGAGAUCCCACGUGAGAGAGAAACCGUCAAAAUCCACAUAGGGGGGAAAUCAUGUACAUGCAUGGAAUGUGGAAAAAACUUC